AUGGCGGUUAGAUCGCGACUUCCUUUUCACAGAUUCGCCGUUUCCGAGCUCAGCGUCAAAACUGAGGGCAGAGGAGCAAGUGAAGGCACAUUCGACUCCCAUCGUCGAACUGGAAAUGUUUCACUAGCUGAAAGACACAACUCCUGUGCCGACUUCGGCAUCCCUCACGACUGUUUCCAAAACGGGAUGUUACUGUGGUACGAGGUGAGUAGCGACGCCAUUGGCUACGCAUUUAACGAGGGGUUUCAUCUGUCUUACAUCAUUCGUUGA